AUGCUCCUGCUGCUCGGGCUGUGCUUGGGGCUGCCGCUCUGCGCGGGGUCGCUGGAAGAGGGGCGGAGCUGGGGUGACACUUCGGAGCCAGUUGGACUCAGGGUCCCAAGGCAGCUCAGGCUGUUGCAAAGACUGAAAACCAAACCCUUGAUGACAGAAUUCUCGGUGAAGUCCACUAUUAUUUCCCGUUAUGCCUUCACUACGGUUUCCUGCAGAAUGCUGAAUAGAGCGUCUGAGGACCAGGAAAUUGGGUUUCAGAUGCAGAUCCCAGCCUCAGCUUUCAUCACCAACUUCACUAUGCUUAUUGGAGACCAGGUGUAUCAGGGAGAAAUUACAGAGAAAGCAAAGAGAAAUGGUGAUAAGGUGAAAGAGAAAAGGAAUAAAACCACAGAAGAUUAUGGGGAGAAGGGGACGGAAACCUUCAGAGCCUCAGUGGUGAUUCCCAGCAAGGACAAAGCUGCCUUCCUCCUCAGUUACGAAGAGCUGCUGCAGAGGCGGCUUGGGAAGUAUGAGCACGUGAUCAGCGUGCGACCCCAGCAGCUGGUGGGGCGGCUGACGGUGGAAGUGAGUAUUCUGGAGAAGUCGGGCAUCGCAUCACUGGAGGUGCUGCCACUACACAACAGCAGGCAGAAGGGCAGCAGGCGCGGGGAAGAUGAUUCUGGGCUGCCUCCUUCUACUGUUGUCAACCAAAAUGAAACAUUUGCCCAAGUCAUUUUUAAGCCCAGUGUGGUACAACAAGCUAAGAUUGCCCAGAAUGGCAUUUUGGGAGAUUUCAUCAUUAGAUAUGAUGUCAACAGGGAACAGAGCAUUGGGGACAUCCAGGUUCUAAAUGGCUAUUUUGUGCACUACUUUGCCCCCAAAGACCUUCCUCCUUUACCCAAGAACGUGGUAUUUGUGCUCGACAGUAGUGCUUCCAUGGUAGGAACCAAGCUCCGGCAGACCAAGGAUGCUCUCUUCACGAUUCUCCACGACCUCCGACCCCAGGAUCAUUUCAAUGUCAUUGGAUUUUCCAACCGGAUCAAAGUGUGGAAGGACCAUUUGGUAUCAGUUACUCCGGAGAACAUCAGAGACGGCAAAGUCUACAUUCACCACAUGUCGCCCACCGGAGGCACAGACAUCAAUGGGGCCCUGCAGGGGGCCAUCAGGUUGCUCAACAACUACGUGUCCAACAAUGACAUUCAGGACCGCAGCGUGUCCCUCAUCAUCUUCCUGACGGACGGGAAACCCACCGCCGGGGAGACCAACACCCUCAAGAUUCUCAACAACACCAAGGAGGCCACCCGAGGCCAGAUCUGCAUCUUCACCAUCGGCAUUGGGAGUGACGUGGACUUCAGGCUGCUGGAGAAGCUGUCGCUGGAGAACUGUGGCCUCACACGGCGCGUCCACGACGAGGACGACGCGGGCUCGCAACUCAUCGGGUUCUAUGAUGAGAUCAGGACCCCUCUCCUCUCUGACAUCCGCAUCGAUUAUCCACCCAGCUUAGUGGAGCAGGCCACCAGGACCCUGUUCCCCAACUACUUCAAUGGCUCCGAGAUCAUCAUUGCUGGGAAGCUUGUGGACAGGAAGAUGGAUCAAUUGCACGUGGAAGUCACGGCCAGCAACAGUAAGAAAUUUGUCAUACUGAAGACGGACGUGCCCGUGGGUCCCCAGAAGGUGGGGAGUGACGCCACAGGAAGCUCCAGGCCCAAGGGUGAUGGCAAGGAGGACCCCAACCAUCUUGAGCGUCUCUGGAGCUACCUGACCACAAAGGAGCUGCUGAGUGCCUGGCUGCAGAGUGAUGACGAGCAGGAGAAGGAGCGACUGAGGCAGAAGGCACAGGAUCUGGCUGUCAACUAUCGCUUCCUCACCCCCUUCACCUCCAUGAAGCUGAAGAAAUCACUACAGAUGGAGAAUCUGGAAGACACCCUGGGCAUGUCUGCUGCCACAGGGCCGGAAACCGUCAUGCAGAGCCUGCGAGGCACUGACCUGCAGCCAGGACUUGGUCUUAAGAAACCACACAACCCAAGAAUUAAAGUCUCCAAAACAUCAGUGGACGGAGACCCUCAUUUUGUUGUGGAUUUCCCGUUGAGCCAGCUCACCGUCUGCUUCAACAUUGAUGGGGAGCCCGGGGACAUCCUACGGCUAGUCUCUGAUCACGUGGACUCUGGUGUGACAGUGAACGGAGAGUUAAUUGGGGCCCCCGCCCCUCCACACGGCCACAAGAAACAGCGCACUUACUUCCGAACCAUCACCAUCCUCGUCAAUAAGCCCGAGAGGUCUUAUCUGGAGAUCACACCGAGCAGAGUCAUCCUGGACGGUGGGGACAGGCUGAUCCUCCCCUGCAACCAGAGCGUGGUGGUGGGGAGCCGGGGGCUGGAGGUGUCGGUGUCUGCCAACACCAGCGUCACCGUCACCAUCCAGGGCACCAUUGCCUUCGUCAUCCUCAUUCACCUCUACAAAAAGCCAGCACCCUACCAGCGAAACCACCUGGGCUUCUACAUCUCCAACAGCAAAGGCCUCUCCAGCAACUGCCAUGGACUCUUAGGUCAGUUCCUGAACCAGGAUGCGAGACUCACAGAGGAUCCUGCCGGGCUCAGCAAGAACCUUACUAAUCGUCCAUUCUCUAAGGCAGACGAGAGGUCUGAGACGGUCCUGGAGGUGAAAGGGCACCAAGUCCCGGUGGUCUGGAAACAGAGGAGAAUCUACAACGGGGAGGAGCAGAUAGACUGCUGGUUCGCCAACAACAACGCCGCCAAACUGAUUGAUGGGGAGUACAAGGACUAUCUGGCAAGCCAUCCUUUUGACUCAGAGACUAUGUUUGGCCUGGGUACAUCCAGAGGACUCUGACACUAGCAGCCUUAAUGUAAGAGUGCAUGACAGGGAAAUGGUCUUCGGGGACACCGUGGUGCAGUCCCUUGCCACUUGUGCGUGACUCGUCUCUUGGCGGUUAGCUGCAGCCCGUGACCUUCCCCGCUGGCGUGUAGGUCCGACCUCUG